CCAGUCCUUAACCAUUACAAGCAUGCCCAUAACAUGAUGCAACCUUCACAAUGCUUAAAAUAAUGAAGAGUGGUAUAGUACUAUAGUAAGUACUGUAAUAUUCUGUAGUAAACUGUAGUACUUUUUAUGUGGGGUGGCCUGAUCAAUAUAAGUGGGACCAUUUGAAAUCGCAAAACUUGUGCAGCACACCGUACACAAUCACCCUCUGGGCCACCAUAAUCACAACGUUGUUCAGUACAGUACCUGGAUCCUUUUUCACAAACACAAAAUACAAUUAAUUCAACCAAAUUACAGUAAAAGCUUCUCCUUCACAUGAACAGAAAGCUACUUGCACAGUAUAAGCUAAGGUUUUUUCCACAGGUAGAGAUAAACACUGCAAAUCAGUGCUUAAAUGAAAACAUCUGAUAUUUUAUGAUGUGCUCUGCUACCUGGUUGGACUUUAUAUUGUAAAACUGAAAGAGAAACUGUAGCAACCACAAUGCAAUAACAAGAUGCAUCUUCUUCUGGAACAUAUUGAUUAAGGGGGAGUUUCCUGAACAGAUGUCAGUCCAUUACUGUGGGCCAGGAAACCACCCCAUGUGCUUUCUUGGAAACGUGAGAGUUUCAGUUUCAAUAUUUCAAGCUUUGUAUUGUAGCCAGCAGCUCAUUAGAACUCUGAACAACAAGCAUACUGCACAGCUGAAGCUAAGCUCUGGUCUACAGGGGGAGUUUCCUGAACAGAUGUCAGUCCAUUACUGUGGGCCAGGAAACCACCCCAUGUGCUUUCUUGGAAACGUGAGAGUUUCAGUUUCAAUAUUUCAAGCUUUGUAUUGUAGCCAGCAGCUCAUUAGAACUCUGAACAACAAGCAUACUGCACAGCUGAAGCUAAGCUCUGGUCUACAGGUAAGAUCUUCUUCACUUCAUUUAUUUGUAAUUAUUUAUUUGAAAAAUAUUAGAUCCGAGAUAUGACCUCAUGUUAGGUCAUGUACAAUGCAUCAGUGCAAUAUGUACUUUGCAGUGAUUUUAUUUAUUAUUGCAACAUUGUAAUUUCUUCAUCUCUGCCCCGGGUCUAACUUCAGGAGGACAUUUUGUGUGAGCAUAAAUUUGUCCAGAGUUAUCAAAAAUAACCAUCAUAUUUCAAAUAAAUGUGGAGGCAUAUUAUAAUAUUGCAAGUUCCAAAUACUUCAACUCAGAAUUGGGGCCUUCAGAAAGUAUUCACACACCUUGACUUUUUCCACAUUUAGUUGUGUUACAAAGUGGGAUUAAAAUUGAAUUUAAUUGUAGUUUUUGGUUAACGAUCUACGCAAAAUACUCUUUAAUGUCAAUAUGAGAAAAAAAUGUUUUUACAUAAAAACAAUGUUUUUAAAGCAAAAUGCUAAUAUAGUAUCUUUAUAAAGAAGUAUUCAACCCGAGUCAAUCAAUAUAUGUUAGAAUCACAUUUGGCAGUCAUUACAGCUGUGAGUUCUUCUGGGUAGGUUUCUAAGAGCUUUUCUUAAUCGACUUGCCUAGUUAAAUAAAGAUUAAAUAAAUCAUCUUUAAACAAAAAAAACACAAUUUUCAGGUCUUGCCAUAGAUUUUCAUGCAAAUUUAAGUCAGACCUCAGGAACAUUCACAAUCUUCUUGGUAAGCAACUCCUGUGUAGAUUUGGCCUUGUUUUUUAGGUUAUUGUCCUGCUGAAAGGUGAAUUCAUCUCCCAGUGUCUGGUGCAAGGCACACAGAACCAGGUUUUCCUCUAGGAUUUUGCCUGUGCUUAGCUCCAUUCCAUGUAUUUUUUAUCCUGAAAAAACUCCCCAGUCCUUAACCAUUACAAGCAUACCCAUAACAUGAUGCAACCUUCACAAUGCUUAAAAUAAUGAAGAGUGGUAUAGUACUAUAGUAAGUACUGUAAUAUUCUGUAGUAAACUGUAGUACUUUUUAUGUGGGGUGGCCUGAUCAAUAUAAGUGGGACCAUUUGAAAUCGCAAAACUUGUGCAGCACACCGUACACAAUCACGCUCUGGGCCACCAUAAUCACAACGUUGUUCAGUACAGUACCUGGAUCCUUUUUCACAAACACAAAAUACAAUUAAUUCAACCAAAUUACAGUAAAAGCUUCUCCUUCACAUGAACAGAAAGCUACUUGCACAGUAUAAGCUAAGGUUUUUUCCACAGGUAGAGAUAAACACUGCAAAUCAGUGCUUAAAUGAAAACAUCUGAUAUUUUAUGAUGUGCUCUGCUACCUGGUUGGACUUUAUAUUGUAAAACUGAAAGAGAAACUGUAGCAACCACAAUGCAAUAACAAGAUGCAUCUUCUUCUGGAACAUAUUGAUUAAGGGGGAGUUUCCUGAACAGAUGUCAGUCCAUUACUGUGGGCCAGGAAACCACCCCAUGUGCUUUCUUGGAAACGUGAGAGUUUCAGUUUCAAUAUUUCAAGCUUUGUAUUGUAGCCAGCAGCUCAUUAGAACUCUGAACAACAAGCAUACUGCACAGCUGAAGCUAAGCUCUGGUCUACAGGUAAGAUCUUCUUCACUUCAUUUAUUUGUAAUUAUUUAUUUGAAAAAUAUUAGAUCCGAGAUAUGACCUCAUGUUAGGUCAUGUACAAUGCAUCAGUGCAAUAUGUACUUUGCAGUGAUUUUAUUUAUUAUUGCAACAUUGUAAUUUCUUCAUCUCUGCCCCGGGUCUAACUUCAGGAGGACAUUUUGUGUGAGCAUAAAUUUGUCCAGAGUUAUCAAAAAUAACCAUCAUAUUUCAAAUAAAUGUGGAGGCAUAUUAUAAUAUUGCAAGUUCCAAAUACUUCAACUCAGAAUUGGGGCCUUCAGAAAGUAUUCACACACCUUGACUUUUUCCACAUUUAGUUGUGUUACAAAGUGGGAUUAAAAUUGAAUUUAAUUGUAGUUUUUGGUUAACGAUCUACGCAAAAUACUCUUUAAUGUCAAUAUGAGAAAAAAAUGUUUUUACAUAAAAACAAUGUUUUUAAAGCAAAAUGCUAAUAUAGUAUCUUUAUAAAGAAGUAUUCAACCCGAGUCAAUCAAUAUAUGUUAGAAUCACAUUUGGCAGUCAUUACAGCUGUGAGUUCUUCUGGGUAGGUUUCUAAGAGCUUUUCUUAAUCGACUUGCCUAGUUAAAUAAAGAUUAAAUAAAUCAUCUUUAAACAAAAAAAACACAAUUUUCAGGUCUUGCCAUAGAUUUUCAUGCAAAUUUAAGUCAGACCUCAGGAACAUUCACAAUCUUCUUGGUAAGCAACUCCUGUGUAGAUUUGGCCUUGUUUUUUAGGUUAUUGUCCUGCUGAAAGGUGAAUUCAUCUCCCAGUGUCUGGUGCAAGGCACACAGAACCAGGUUUUCCUCUAGGAUUUUGCCUGUGCUUAGCUCCAUUCCAUGUAUUUUUUAUCCUGAAAAAACUCCCCAGUCCUUAACCAUUACAAGCAUACCCAUAACAUGAUGCAACCUUCACAAUGCUUAAAAUAAUGAAGAGUGGUAUAGUACUAUAGUAAGUACUGUAAUAUUCUGUAGUAAACUGUAGUACUUUUUAUGUGGGGUGGCCUGAUCAAUAUAAGUGGGACCAUUUGAAAUCGCAAAACUUGUGCAGCACACCGUACACAAUCACGCUCUGGGCCACCAUAAUCACAACGUUGUUCAGUACAGUACCUGGAUCCUUUUUCACAAACACAAAAUACAAUUAAUUCAACCAAAUUACAGUAAAAGCUUCUCCUUCACAUGAACAGAAAGCUACUUGCACAGUAUAAGCUAAGGUUUUUUCCACAGGUAGAGAUAAACACUGCAAAUCAGUGCUUAAAUGAAAACAUCUGAUAUUUUAUGAUGUGCUCUGCUACCUGGUUGGACUUUAUAUUGUAAAACUGAAAGAGAAACUGUAGCAACCACAAUGCAAUAACAAGAUGCAUCUUCUUCUGGAACAUAUUGAUUAAGGGGGAGUUUCCUGAACAGAUGUCAGUCCAUUACUGUGGGCCAGGAAACCACCCCAUGUGCUUUCUUGGAAACGUGAGAGUUUCAGUUUCAAUAUUUCAAGCUUUGUAUUGUAGCCAGCAGCUCAUUAGAACUCUGAACAACAAGCAUACUGCACAGCUGAAGCUAAGCUCUGGUCUACAGGGGGAGUUUCCUGAACAGAUGUCAGUCCAUUACUGUGGGCCAGGAAACCACCCCAUGUGCUUUCUUGGAAACGUGAGAGUUUCAGUUUCAAUAUUUCAAGCUUUGUAUUGUAGCCAGCAGCUCAUUAGAACUCUGAACAACAAGCAUACUGCACAGCUGAAGCUAAGCUCUGGUCUACAGUGUGUUUCUAUAGGACAAAGUAAUGGCAGGCCAAACGGUGUCCAUGAAGGGGCCAGUGUGUCUAAUUGAGAACGACAGUGACGGGAAACUGUGUGUGGUCCGCAGCGCACUGGAAACCCUGAGCCAGAUUGAGCAGCAUGUGGUAGUGGUGGCAGUGGUCGGCCUGUACCGCACCGGCAAGUCAUACCUCAUGAACAAACUGGCUGGGACGAACAAAGGUUUUGCCCUUGGAGCCACAAUUCAGUCCCAGACUAAGGGCAUCUGGAUGUGGUGUGUGCCCCACCCAAUAAAAUCAGACCACACCUUGGUGCUGCUGGAUACAGAGGGGCUGGGGGAUGUGGAGAAGGGUGAUGAUAGUAAUGACAACUGGAUAUUUUCCCUGGCUGUUCUUCUGAGCAGCACCCUGGUGUACAACAGCAUGGGCACCAUCGACAACUACGCCCUGGAGAAACUGCACUAUGUGACAGAACUGACAGACCUCAUUAAGGUGAAGUCGGUUGAGGGAGACAUUGAUGAAUCUGCAGACUAUGUCCGUUUCUUUCCGUCUUUUGUGUGGGCAGUCAGAGAUUUCGGACUAGAGUUAAAGCUUGAUGGAAAACCCAUCACAGCACAUCAGUACCUGGAGAAUGCUCUUAAACUGAAACAAGGUACUAGCAACAAGAUUGUUCACUACAACCUGCCUCGUGAUUGUCUGCGGAAAUUCUUUUCCCCCCGUUGGUGUUUUGUCUUUGAACGUCCUGCCAACUCUGAGAAAAUGAAACGCAUGGAGGAGUUGACAGAUGCUGACUUGGAACCCUCCUUUGUGAAGCAGUCCAGAGACUUCUGUGACCACUUAUUUAAAGAAGUCAAGACAAAGACCAUGAUAGGUGGCCUGAAAGUCACUGGUAAAAUGCUCGGGAACCUGACAGAGAUGUACGUUGACAUGAUACGGAGUGGGCAGGUACCCUGCCUGGACAAUGCUGUGGUGGCGCUGGCCCAGAUUGAGAACUCCAGUGCCAUUGAAAAGGCCAAGGCCUACUACCAGCAGAGCAUGGCAAAGAUGGUGGUCUUUCCCACUGAGACCCAGCAGCAGCUGUCUAUGGUUCAUGCUUCCAUGGAGAGGGAGGCAGUGGCCAUCUUCAUGAAUAGUUCAUUCAAGGAUGAAGACCAGAAGUACCAGAAGGAGCUCAUGAAAGCGCUUCAAGAAGUAUAUUCGACAAUCUGUGAGAAAAACUCGCAGGAAUCCCAGAGGGCAUGCACGCACAUCAUCGAACACAUAUUUGCUCCCCUAAAGGUCCAACUUAGGAAUGGUUCCUACAUGACCCCUGUAGGAUACAAACACUACUGUGAUGAUCUCAAAAUGAUGACCAGCGAAUACAGAUCAACAGGAGGCAAAGGAGUGAAGGCUGAAGAGGUACUGAAGGAGUACCUGAUUGCCAAGGAAAGCACUGGUCAGGCCAUCCUGUCAGCAGACCAGUCUCUAACUGAAGCUGAAUUGAAGGCCGAAGAGGAGAAAGCGAAAAGGAAGGCGUCUGAGCAAGAGAAACGAACCAUGGAAGAGCAGAUCAGAGUCCAGGAAAUGUUGAUGGACGAUCAGAAGAGAACACACGAAGAGCAUAAGAAACAGCUGUUGGAGAAGAUGGAGGCUGACAAGGAAAAUGCUAAAGUAGAGUACAAUAGAGUUCUGGAGGCCAAACUCAAGGAGAAGGAAGACCUCCUCAAGGAAGGGUUUCAUUGCAAAGCACAAGAAAUGGAGGCACAGAUAGAGGACCUCAGGAAGGAGCAGGAGGAACAGGAAAAAGCUAAGCCCUCAAUGUGGAAGCAAGCUCUGGAUAACAUUGGAACCGCUGCUCUAAUGAUUCCAGGAUGGGGCAAAUUAAUUGGUGUUGGUUUGAAAGUUGGGUCACAUUUCAUGAACUGAAGGUCCUUUAGGGGGGAUGAUAGUAUACUACCAAAAUAUAGUGUUUCACCACCAUGUCCACUUUCGAGAAAGGUGUGGAUAAAUUCCUGUUUUACCUAUCAAUCAUUAGACUGAUUACUUUACAUUAACCACUGCCUUCAGAAAGUGUGUUCAUUUAGUUUGUUUAAAAGGCAUAAAAACAAUAAAGAGUAUUUUUUAAAGGCAAA